AGUAAAACCAGUAACAAGCAUAGUAGUUAACAAUUUUUGAAAAAUAUAUAUAGCAUCUAGAAAUUUUUUCUUUUUGGUUUUCAAUGUUCAAGGACUAUAAAUAAUGGAUACCAAAAUUAAGCAAUCGAAGAAAGUCGAAUCGAAAUUGCCCACUGAAAUAUUAGCUAAGAAUAUGGGCAGCGAGAAGAAGAUCUAUAGCACAAUGUUCGAGAUCUUUGGCCGCGUGCAAGGCGUAUAUUUUCGUAAGCACACGCAAAUCAAGGCCAAGCAGUUGGGCCUCAAUGGCUGGUGCAUGAAUACCAAAGAAGGCACUGUCAAAGGCAUCAUGGAGGGACCUCAGGACAUGAUAUCUGAAAUGCGCUUAUGGCUACAGCACAAGGGCAGUCCACGUUCCAUAAUCGAAAAAGCCGUUUUUACGCCCAACGAGCCAAUUCCCACAUACAAUUUCAACGCAUUCACCAUAAGGCGCUAGGGCAAAAAUUCUAAACCGACAACUGUGCAUGUCUAUGUUCGUUUCAAAUAUAUAUAUAUAUUCUAAAA